GGGAGCAGGGAUGCACCUCCGCUCGGUCACUGCUUCACCGUUCAGCACAAUUAUCGCUUCGUUUAGAGCACCCACGGAAAUCGUUGUGAUUUCUCUGCUUUGGCACCGAGAGAGGCCGAAAGCGGCUCAGGAUUGCUGUGUCACGUUAAUUGAAUACGCUCCUGUGGGCUUCCCUAGGCGAGAAGGAAGGAAGGAAGGAAGGAAGGAAGGAAGGAAGGAAGGAAGGAAGGAAGGAAGGAAGGAAGGAAGGAAGGAAGGAAGGAAGGAAGGAAGGAAGGAAGGAAGGAAGGAAGGAAGGAAGGAAGGAAGGAAGGAAGGAAGGAAGGAAAAAUAUGAAAUGGAUCUAUUCCAUGUGUCUCGCUGAAAGGCAUCUCUGGGGAGAAAGGGUAAAUUUUGGGUUUCUGCAGAACAUCCUGACUUUCCUCCUUCACUAAAUCAGGUAAUUAUGCUUGAUUCAGCUGAAAAUUUCAUUCGGCACCUUUUCAUUCUCUGUAUCAAGAGAUGAUUUCACCAAGCGGGAAAGGACCACCCGGCACCGGCUCUGCCUCCGAGCGAUGCCGAGAUGCCGGCGGAGCCUCGGCGAGUUCUCAGAAGGGAAAUUUCCCUUUCACAUGAAGAAAAACGCCACCCGUAUUUGUUGAGCGGCAGACAGCCGACUCUGCGGACACAGGACAGGGAACCUGAUCAUCCGGACGGACGGACGGCUGCCAACGUAGCCGACCCGCACCCGCGCUGGUUGGCUAUUCCUUUCCGGACGCGGCGGGUGCGUUGCGGCACCCCACAACCCGCCCCAGGACAGCCGAGGGAAGCGGCGACGCCGGGGCAGAUGCUCGAGACCCGCAGGCAGCUCCGCGCAGGGUGCCCCUGCUCCUGGGACGGGACGCUGAGGCGCCAGCCUGGCGUGCGCCGGGACGGCACUGGGUGGCAAAUGCAUCCUAACGGCAGCGCCUGGCACGGCUCCCGGCCGUGUUCCACUAAGUGUGUAAGAGAAUCAGUAGGUGACGUGAGGGGACUCUCUGAAGCAAGGCUUUUGAUGCCACGAGUCAUGACCGGCCUCCGGUUUCUUUGUGAGCGUGAAAUAAAUUCUGACGUUCGGAAGUCCGAAAAUCAGGACCUGACUGUGGCCAGUUUUACUCUUAAAAUAAAUAAAACCAUAAAAAUGCAUUCAGGCACUAAUGAUUUAGCAGCGUUCUGAAAAACGUAAGUAGAUAUUAGGAAACAGUUUAAAUCUUUUUGGCGUACACCAUACACCGUAGACUUUAGAAAGUAAGACCGUGGUAUUAUCGAGUGAAUCUGUCCUUGCUUGUCAAAAACUGAAUUUGUACACAGUAGGAUCACUGCGUGCUGUAAGAACCACCUGAAAACUAAAUGCAAUUAUGCAUAGCGUAAAACAUUUAAAAUAUAUCAAAAUAUCUACAUUUUUAUUUGCUGAUACGUCAACAGCUAAAUGAUUCAAAGUGCUAACAACACUGGGCAUGAAAUCUACAUUUCUAUUGAAACUGAUAAUUUUUUUUUGUCUCAGACUUUUGGCAGAGUGUAUAAAAGAAUUUAAUUCACAGCUGUUCUACUUUUUAAUGUAGAAAACAUUAAUCAAAGCUUUAAGAUAUAAGCUUUUCUAAUGUUGUUUAGUAUUCCAGUUCAACAAAGAUCAAUAGAGGCCAUC